AUGUUUAUCCAGGACGAAUUUUGCCUGGUUGAUGGCCAACCCUGUAUGGCCAAUUCACUAUAUUGUUCUGAGAGAUGCCGUCUAGUGGACUCUCAGGCGAAGUGCUCGCAUAAUGAUUCUCACCACAAGAACGAAUGGCUGUAUCCAAGUCAGAUCGUGAAAUCGAGCGAUGAGAUCAAUUCUAUUCCUUUGUUGGACUCCUACUACAACAAUUACACAACUGCGCCCCUAAAGCUGCGGACAGACUCUCGCAACUCAAGUAUACCCUCAUUGAUCCACGAGAACGAUUCUGAGUCGGAUUAUGAGUCCGAAUGCGGAACACCAUCUAUUGCACCUGCGACGUCUACAGGAACGAUACUGAAUAUGUUGACACGCGAGGAAAAUCUGAGCAAGCCACAGGAGAACUAUUAUUUGUGGUUGAGGUCCGAGUUGAACUCGGUACCUAGAGUGAUGGAGACGGGGUUUGACUUGAAAUGCGGAAGCCAGCCCUGGGCUGAUGAGAUCCAUCAGCUUAACAAUUUCAGAUUGUAA